CAUGUGGGUGUAAUAUUUGCAAAAAAAAUUCAUCAAAUAUGCCUCUUAUAAUUGGUCAAAUUGCAAGAGCAAACACAUCAACAAUAAAAAUUGACCAAGGAGUUAAAUGCUAACAAAUAGUAAAAAUAGGUUGUUAUUUUUCUCAUUAUAUAAUAUCUUGGGGACCUAUCUGAUAUUUUAUAUAAUAAUAUAUUAAAAUAUUAGUGUGUAGUGACAGUUAGUUUGGUUGCUUCUUCCUUGUUCUGAUCUUCAUGUCGACUUGUAUGACCAGCUACUGGGCAACCACAAAUUACGUCAACUCCCGAGCAUUUUGGUUCGCCAGCGGCGGACCCAAAUCGGAAAACCUUAGAAAUCUCCGGCAACUCCACGCCUUUGUACUCAAAACUACAACUUUCCCUCUCUCUCUGCCGACCCUUGAACUCAUUUCUUCCUCUAGAAAUCUGGGUUACGUAUGUUUUAUCUUAAAGCACUUGGAAAACCAGGACCUCGGCCUCGACCUAUGCAAUGACAUCGUUCGGAGACUUUCUUCCAGCUCUGCCAACGACAAUGGCAACCCACUUCGAGCUGUCGUUUUGUUUCGCGAGAUGCUUGUCAAUGGCUUCCGUCCUGAUAACUAUACGGUUCCUUAUGCUCUCAAGGCCUGUUCCCAGUCUCGGGCGCUCAGAGAAGGUGUCCAGGUUCAAGCUUAUGCUGUCAAGACUGGGCUGGUGUACACCAAUGUGUACGUGAAGAACACUCUCAUCAGGCUUUAUGCUGUUUGUGCGUCUGUGAGUUCCGCCCGCAAGGUGUUUGACGAAAGUUCUCUGAGGGAUGUGGUCUCUUGGACCACGCUCAUUCAGUGUUACGUAAAGAAUGGUUUUGCCAGGGAAGCUAUUUUGACUUUCUUUGAGAUGUGUGAUGCCAAACUGAAAGCCGAUGAGAAGACAGUGGUUAUCAUUCUCUCUGCUUGUUCGAAGCUUGGAGACUUAAAAUUAGGUAGAAAAAUACAUGACUAUAUACUGGACAAUGGGGUUCCCUCAGACGUGUACGUGGGCAAUGCACUGGUUGAUAUGUAUCUUAAGUGUGGUGAUGCUGACUCCGCACACAAAAUAUUUGAUGAAAUGCCAGUCAAAAAUGUAGUUUCUUGGAAUUCUUUGAUAUCAGGAUUGGCUCAUCAAGGUGAAUUCAAGGAUGCAAUGGAUAUGUUUCGGAAAAUGCAAAGCAUAGGGGUUGAGCCCGAUGACUUUACGUUGGUGGGUGUUUUGAAUUCCUGUGCAAAUCUUGGAUUGCUUGAGUUGGGGAAGUGGGUUCAUGAAUACAUUGAUAAAAAACAGAUUGAGGCUGACGGGUUUAUAGGGAAUGCACUGGUGGAUAUGUAUGCUAAAUGUGGAAGCAUAGACCAAGCCUUUAAAGUGUUCCAAGGCAUGAAGCGUAGAGAUGUGUAUUCUUACACUGCCAUCAUUGUAGGCUUAGCUAUGCAUGGAGAAGCGAAAAGGGCACUGGAUAUAUUCUUUGAUAUGCCUCAAAGAGGUAUAAAACCAGAUGAGGUGACAUUUAUAGGUGUUCUAACAGCUUGUAGUCAUGCAGGUCUUGUGGUGGAAGGAAGAAAAUACUUCACGGAUAUGUCACGUGUGUAUAAUCUUAGACCUCAAACAGAACACUAUGGCUGCAUGGUCGACCUUUUAGGUCGUGCUGGACUAAUAGAGGAAGCACAGGAGCUUAUUGGAAACAUGCCAAUGGAGCCUGAUGCUUAUAUCUGGGGAGCCCUUUUGGGAGCUUGUAGGAUCUAUGGGUGUGUUGAACUUGGAGAAGAUGCAAUGAAAAAGUUACUGAAGGUGGAGCCAGAGAGAGAUGGUGCAUAUGUACUUAUGUCAAAUAUAUAUUCAUCUGCAAAUAAAUGGAGGGAUGCAGUGAAGUUAAGAAAGGAAAUGAAAGACAAGAACAUGAAGAAAACUCCAGGGUGUAGUUCGAUUGAACUUGACGGUGUAGUUUAUGAGUUUCGAAAGGGUAGUAAAUCACACGCAAGAAGUAAAGAGAUAUACAAGCUGCUGGAGGAAAUCAUGAGCCACAUAAAGAACUUCGACAACUUGGCACGCUGAUGAACAGGAUGAUUUUAUACAGAGAAGACCAACCACCCAAUUGUUUUAUUUGUUGGCCACGUUUGGUUCGGUUCCCUAGUUCAAAUUCACGAACCUGGUCAUUCAUUCAUCAACUUCAUAGUAGGAUAUUUUCAUUGCAGAACAUCAUAAUGUAAAUGUUGAGCUGCAACUAAGUGGAAUACAACAAUGAGAGACACCCUUAUCCAAAAUUGUCAAUUUGAAGUGGGAGAUGAAGAUUUUGGGUUGAUGUUAAAUUGGUCAAUUAAUGGCCUGUUUAUGUGUUCGAGAUUUUAAGAGUAGAUUACCGUACAAGAAAAGAAAAGAGUUGAGAAAAAGAAGGCAAUGAGUCACACAAAUAUCUUGGCUCCUGCAAAGUGUAUAGUUUUGUGGCUAAACUAGGGAUUUGAAAUAUUAUUAGUUUAUCCCAUAAUGCCGCCACCCAAGAAACGUGUUGUACCGCCACAUCCUUGUAGAUGAAGAUUUCUUAAUCAAAUUCUAUUCAAACUCAAAUAACUCUUAUUUUGUUUGCACGUUUGAUGAGCACUCAAAUCUAGAAUAUUGUUGUUAUAAAUGCUGAAGAGAAUUCUUUUAAUCAGCAAACUAUCACCAUAGUUGUGUAACUAUUGACAUGAUUUCAAAAUUAACUAAUGAGAUGCAAAUUUGAUUGAUUA